CUAAAAUUAAUCAAUGAAGGAAUUGAGGGCAAGUUCAAUCAGAUUAGGGAUUGAAGAUUUGUCUUUAAGCCCACGCAUUGGGUUUUAUUGUCGCCAAAUCAACGACGAUUUCAAUCGAACCACGUAAAAACCCGCUGUAUUCAUAAAGCUUCUGUGCUCACUCACCUUGUUAUCGCCUUUCCUCCUACAGAAGAAGGAGCUGAAGGGGCAAGAGCAGAGCAGCUGGUACAACGAUCUUAGGGUUUCUUUUUGUUUUGUUUUGUUUUGUUUUUAAUCGAAUUGUUCUGUUCCAUCCCAUGCGUAAUCGAUUCCUUUCCUAUUUCCGGAUUCUGAUUGAUCCGGCGCUUCCCCAAUGUCCACUGCAACAAACCCUUGUUGCCACACUCUCUCCUUUCGCCCUGCUCCUCCCAAUUCCAGGUUUUCGAUUAGGGUUCAUUUGAAGCCUCUCCUCCCUCGGUUUCCUCCCAAUUCAAGCAUCCAUUGCGUCAGCACUCUCUCCCGCCGCCGCCGAAAUAAAUGGGAGAUUCUGUGUUUUCGGCGUGAAGAGUCCUCGUCAGAAAAUUUUGCGUCCAAGUCUGUGGAAGAUAAAUUGGCAGAAGACCUGGUGCCAACCCCUGAAAUCAACCAACCGUGUGACCCAAGAAAAGAAUGGGCGUCUAAUUUAUACAAGGCCAUUGAAUCAAUAUUUGUUACAAAACCUUGGGUGGUUCCAUGGACAGCGAAAACCAUUGUUCAGGUUAUGCUUCUCUGGGUUGCAUCAUUUUGGGUUAUAGGGUCGUGGAUAAUUCCAAUAAUAGCCCAUACAGCAGGAUACAGAAAGGAAUUCAUGACGCACAGAGGGCAAGCCUUGUACAGCCUUCUCACGGAUGUGGCCGAAGGGCUUACUGGGAUGGCGAUUCUGCAUCGCUGCCUCUCAAAUUUUCAUCCCCUUCCACCCGGCUGGUUUAAAUUCAGCUUCGAAGGGAAAUGGCAAUUUGAUGUUGGUUUAGGCUGCCUUAUGUUUCCACUUGUAAACCGUCUUUCACAGGUGAAUCUAAACUUGUUGCCCGUUCUUCCCUCAACUCCGAUUACUGUCUCAAGUGUUGAACAAUCAAUCGUUGCUAGGGACCCAGUGGCAAUGGCACUCUAUGCAGUAGUCGUGUCUGUCUGUGCCCCCAUUUGGGAGGAGAUUGUGUUCCGAGGGUUCCUUCUACCGUCGUUGACUAAAUAUAUGCCGGUAUGGUGCUCUAUUUUGGUGAGUUCAAUAGCUUUUGCUCUGGCACAUUUCAAUAUGCAGAGGAUGCUACCUCUGAUACUGCUUGGGAUGGUGAUGGGUACUGUGUAUGCAAGGACUAGGAACCUUCUACCAUCAAUGUUGUUGCAUAGCCUUUGGAAUGCCUUUGUAUUCUUAGAUCUCAUGAAAUAAAAUGUUGGUCAUUAGACUGUAAAUUUUGAUUUCAUUAAAUUUUAUAUUAUGAUUGUAGCAUGGGUAAUUCUGAAA